CUACGGUGAUUAUAUACUAAGACUAAACAAAGAGAUACGGACUGGCAUAUUUUUGUUUCUAGCACGACAAAGUUUCGGUUCAUUUUGUGAAAAUAAAUCCAUUUGCGUGCAUGCACUUUUAAACAGCAAAAAUGCUGCUCCUUCGGAUAUGCCUGAUUUUCGUGUACUUUUCGUUAUGCGUUGCGCAAAUACCAGUAACGGUGAACACAAAUGUGGGCAGCAUCAUGGGAUUUCAGCAGAAUAUUACUGUUGACGGAGAGCAAAAAUUAAUUUCUAAAUUUCUUGGAAUUCCAUUCGCCGAAUCGACUGCAGGAACAAACAGAUUUAGGAAACCUGUUCCAAAAGCGCCAUUUCAAGGAAUAUUUGACGCACGAAAUAUUCCAGUGGCGUGUUACCAACAGUCUGCCCAGGACACGGCUACGGUGAAAGACGUUUAUGGUGUGACUGGAUUUUCUGAAGACUGUCUUACCCUGAACAUUUACGUUCCGCAUGAGCUUAGAGCCAACGACCUACUUCCGGUCAUGGUUUGGAUAUAUGGCGGUGGGUUUGUCCAGGGUGCAGCAUCAAUCUAUAAGCCUGAAGCACUAGCUUUGUUUGGCAACGUUAUUGUGGUGACCAUAAACUACCGUAUUGGCAUGUUUGGAUUUCUACGAGACAGUAACGGUGCAUUCCCAGGAAACCAAGGACUUUGGGAUCAGCACCUGGCAAUCAAGUGGGUACACGACAAUAUUGAUGGUUUCUUUGGGUACAAAGAUGAAAUAACAAUUUUUGGUGAAUCUGCAGGCGGUGCUUCUGUUAUGCUUCAAGCAAUAUAUCCAGGAAAUGACGGACUGUUUAAACGGGUAAUCGCACAAAGUGGAGCGGCUGUCGCGCCCUGGGCCGUAAAAGAAGUGUCCAGUUUUGAAACGUAUUUUAGCGACCAAGGAUGUGGUCCGAACUCGAAGACAUUUGUAACGUGCUUACAGUCAAAGGAUCCAUCUUCACUGCAGUCUAAUAACACACAGUUUGGACCAGUGAUAGAUGGUGAAUUUUUGGUUGACUCGCCGAACGAAAUAAUGCACGGAAACUCUGCCAAGACUGCUAAAGCUAGAGACUUCUUUGCCUCUCUCGAUAUUAUCGUAGGCGCGAAUAAUGUAGAUGGCGCAGCGUAUUUUGGUUUAUUUGCAGUACUGCUAGGCCAUUCAGACCUAGAAUACAACAUAUCGAAAAACGAGUUCAAAGACAACAUUGUUCCGACUAUAGUGAAUCAGAACCUGUUCCCGAAAGACAAUGAUACAAAACUCGCGCUAGAAAAGCUGUUGACAUUUGUCUAUACCGAUUGGAAAGAACCGGAUGAUUAUAUCGGUAUGCGAACACACAUUUUGGAUAUGUUCAGUGAUGUUGCUUUCUUUGCACCAGCAGCCCAGACAGUAGACGCACAUUCCACAUUACAUUCUGGAAACACUUAUUUGUAUGAGUUUGCAGUUGAAGUACGGCAGCAUGUUUUACCCGUUCCCUCAUGGACAAAAGGAUCAAACCAUGGCGAGGAUUUACUAUUUGUUUUCGGGACUCCGUUGCUAAGCAACACAUCCAUAUUUGGUUUAAAUAAUAUUAAUUAUACAUACGAGGAAAAACAAGUCGCCCGUGCAGUUAUGGCUAUGUGGUCCAACUUCGCUAAAUCAGGAAAUCCAAACAUGCCGAUGGACAUAACAGUUUUCACGAACACAGCGUGGCCUGAGUAUGAUAAGACGUCACAGCGCUAUUUUCGGAUAUCCAAUCAAAUGUCUCCAGCCUCGGUGAUGGAGGGAUUCUAUCCUAGAAGAAUGGCAUUCUGGUCUGACAUAGUUCCAGAAAUAAAGCGGCUGCACAGUUGUCAGCAAAAACAACCAGAUAUUUUUCAUUUUGAUCCAUCUCUUGAUAUAUCGAAGGAUCCAUCUUCACUGCAGUCUAAUAACACACAGUUUGGACCAGUGAUAGAUGGUGAAUUUUUGGUUGACUCGCCGAACGAAAUCAUGCACGGAAACUCUGCCAAGACUGCUAAAGCUAGAGACUUCUUUUCCUCUCUCGAUAUCAUUAUAGGCGUAAAUAAUGUAGAUGGCGCUGCGUAUUUUGGUUAUUUCGCAGCAUUGCUAGGCCAUUCAGACGUAGAAUUCAACAUAUCGAAAAAUGAGUUCAGAGACACCAUUGUUCCGACUAUCGUAAAUCAGAACCUGUUCCCAAAAGACAAUGAUACAAAACUCGCGCUAGAAAAAAUGUUGACAUUUUUCUAUACCGAUUGGAAAGACCAUGAUAAUUAUAUCAGUAUACGGGAACACCUUUUGGAUAUGUCAAACGAUGUACUUUUCUUUGCGCCAGUUGCCCAGACCGUAGAUGCACAUGCCAGGCUAAAUUCCGGAAAAACUUACUUCUAUCAGUUUGCAGUUCCAGUACGAGCCCAUGUUGUGCCCCUUCCCUCAUGGAUCAAAGGAUCAAACCAUGGCGACGAAAUACAAUUUGUUCUCGGUUCUCCGUUGCUAAGCAAUACAUCAAUGCUUGGUUUAAGUAAUAUUAAUUACACAUCUGAGGAAAAACAAGUCUCCCGUGCAACUAUGGCUCUGUGGUCCAACUUCGCUAAAUCUGGUUUUUACCCAAAGUGGACAGACAUUGUGACAGCAUUAAAAGUGAUUUCCAUCACAGUUGCGGUUUUUAUGCUCAUAGCCGCAUGCUUCUCUCAAACGCCAAUAACAGUUAACACAAAUGUUGGAAGUAUUAUGGGAUUUCAGGACUUUAUUUCUGUUGACGGUGAGCAAAAACAGAUAUCAAAGUCUCUUGGAAUUCCAUUUGCUGAAUCAACAGCAGGAACAAAUAGAUUUAGGAAACCAAUUCCUAAAGCUCCGUUUCAAGGAACUUUCGAUGCGAAAAAUAUGUCUUUGGCAUGUUACCAACAAGCAGUUGAAAACGGAAAGUUAAUGAAAGGGUAUGGUGUCCCUGGAUUUUCUGAAGACUGUUUAACUCUAAAUAUUUAUGUACCAACUGGACUCAAAUCAAGGGAUUUGCUCCAAGUCAUGGUUUGGAUAUAUGGCGGUGGGUUUACUAAGGGUGCAGCAACAUUGUACAACCCCGAGGUACUAGCUUUAUUUGGAAACGUUAUUGUAGUGACAGUUAACUAUCGUAUAGGUAUGUGUGGGUUUCUACGUGACAGAAAUGGUGUUUUUCCGGGAAAUCAAGGACUUUGGGAUCGGCAUCUUGCAAUCAAAUGGGUGCAUGACAGCAUUGAUAGUUUCUUUGGUUACAAAGACGAAGUAAAAAUCUUUGGAGGAUCAGCAGGUGGCGCAUCUGUUAUGUUACAGGCAUUAUACCCUGGAAAUAAAGGCUUGUUUAAAAGGGUAAUUGCAGAAAGCGGAACGGCUAUCUCUCCUUGGGCGUUGAAAGAUAUGCCUGACUUUGAAAUUUAUUUGAAUGAGCAAAGAUGUUCACCUGAUUCAAAGCCAUUUGUCACAUGUCUGCCAUCAAAGGACCCGGUCUCACUUCAGUCGAACACAACAUCCUUUGGACCAGUAGUAGAUGGCGACUUUUUAGUUGACACCCCAAGGAAUAUAAUCAAAGGACAAUCUGCUGUCACGUCUAAUUCUAGAGACUUUUUUGCUUCCCUUAAUGUCAUAGUUGGUGUGAAUGAUUUAGAUGGAACUCUAGAAUUUAUCAGGUUUUCUGAUCUGUUAGGUCACUCCGAUCUGGAAUUCAAUAUAACGAAAAACAAUUUCCAAACUCAGCUCUUCCGAAUAUGUGGGAUCCUGGCGUAUGCCUCAUUGUGCGCUACACAAACACCGGUAACAGUGAACACAAAUUUGGGCAGCAUCAUGGGAUUUCAGGAGAAUAUUUCUGUUGACGGAAAGCAAAAAUUAAUUUCUAAAUUUCUUGGAAUUCCAUUCGCCGAAUCAACUGCAGGAAUAAACAGAUUUAGGAAACCAGUUCCAAAAGCGCAAUUUCAAGGAACAUUCGACGCUCGGAAUUCUCCAGCGGCGUGCUACCAACAGUCUGUCCAGGACACGGCUACGGUGAAAGAUGCUGUGAAUGGAUUUUCCGAAGACUGUCUUACCCUGAACAUUUACGUUCCGCAUGAGCUCCGAGCCAACGACCUACUUCCGGUCAUGGUUUGGAUAUAUGGGGGUGGGUUUACCCAGGGUGCAGCAUCAAUCUACAAGCCUGAAGCACUAGCUUUGUUUGGCAAUGUUAUUGUUGUGACCAUAAACUACCGUAUUGGCAUGUUUGGAUUUCUACGAGACAGCAACGGUGCAUUCCCAGGAAACCAAGGACUUUGGGAUCAGCACCUGGCAAUUAAGUGGGUACAUGACAAUAUUGAUAGUUUCCUUGGCUACAAAGAUGAAAUAACAAUUUUUGGCGAAUCUGCAGGAGGUGCUUCUGUUAUGUUCCAAGCAUUAUAUCCAGGAAAUGACGGACUGUUUAAACGGGUAAUCGCACAAAGUGGAGCGGCUGUCGCGCCCUGGGCCGUAAAAGAAGUGUCCAGCUUUGAGACGUAUUUUAGCGACCAAGGAUGUGGUCCUAACUCAAAGACAUUUGUAACGUGCCUACAGUCGAAGGAUCCAUCUUCACUGCAGUCUAAUAAAACACUGUUUGGACCAGUGAUAGAUGGUGAAUUUUUAGUUGAUUCGCCGAACGAAAUCAUGCACGGAAACUCUGCCAAGACUGCUAAAGCUAGAGACUUCUUUGCCUCUCUCGAUAUUAUGGUAGGCGCAAAUAAUGUAGAUGGCGCUUUCUAUUUAGGUUAUUUUGCAGUAUCAUACCUAGAAUACAACAUAUCGAAAAAUGAGUUCAGAGGCACAGUUGUUCCGAGUAUAGUAAAUGAAAACCUGUUCCCAAAAGACAAUGAUACAAAACUCGCGCUAGAAAAAAUGUUGACAUUCUUCUAUACCAAUUGGAAAGACCCGGAUGAUUAUAUCAGUAUACGGACACAAAGUUUGGAUUUGUCAACCGAUGUAGCUUUCUUUGCACCAGCAUCCCAGACGGUAGAUGCACAUGCCACACUAAAUUCCGGAAAAACUUACUUCUAUGAGUUUGCAGUUCCAGUACGAACCCAUGUUGAACCCGUUCCCUCAUGGGUCAAAGGUUCAAACCAUGCCGACGAAAUACAAUUUGUUCUCGGUAUUCCGUUGCUAAGCAAUGCAUCAAUCUUUGGUUUAAGUAAUAUUAAUUACACAUCAGAGGAAAAACAAGUCUCCCGUGCAACUAUGGCUCUGUGGUCCAACUUCGCAAAAUCUGGGAAUCCAAACAUGCCAAUGGAUGUAACCUUUUUCACGAACACAGCGUGGCCGGAGUAUGAUAUGACGUCCCAGCGUUAUUUUCAGAUAUCCAAUCAAAUGUCUCCAGCCUCGGUGAUUGAGGGAUUCUAUCCUAGAAGAAUGGCAUUCUGGUCUGACAUAGUUCCAGAAAUAAAGCGGCUGCACAGUUGUCAGCAAAAACAACCAGAUAUUUUUCAUUUUGAUCCAUCUCUUGAUAUAGAUGAAAUAACAAUUUUUGGAGAAUCAGCUGGUGCCGCUUCUGUUAUAUUACAUGCAUUAUAUCCUGGAAAUAAAGGACUGUUUAAAAGGGUAAUUGCAGAAAGCGGAACGGCUAUCUCUCCCUGGGCACUGCUGGAUAUUUCUGACUUUGAAAUUCAUUUGAAAGAGCAAAGUUGUUUACCUGAUUCAAAGUCAUGUGUUACCUGUCUGCAGUCAAAAGAUCCGGUUUCACUGCAGUCGAGCACAAUUCCCUUUGGACCAAUAGUAGACUUCUUAGUUGACAUCCCAAGAAAUAUAAUCAAAGGACAAUCUGCAGUCACUUCUAACUCAAGAGACAUUUUCGCUGCCCUUAAUAUCAUGGUUGGUGUACAUGAUUUAGAUGGAACUCUAGAAUUUAUCCGUUUUUCUAAUAUGAUGCGUAAUUCCGAUCUGGAAUUCAAUCUGGAAUUCAAUAUAACGAAAAACAAUUUCCGAACUCGGAUCGUUCCUUUUUUGAUUAACGAAACAUUUUCUCCUGAAGACAAUGAUACAAGAAUGGCACUAGAAAGACUGCUGACCUUCUUCUUCGUCGAUUGGAAAGACCCGGAUGACUAUGUCAGAUCAAACCACGCUGACGAAAUAUUGUAUGUAUUUGGAAUACCUCUAAGCACAGCUGUAUUCAUCUACAACAGGAAUGGUGCUCAUUCUUCAACUGAAAAUAAACUGGUUUCGCUGGCAACAACGGCAUUUUGGACGAAUUUUGCCAAAUCCGGCAAGGUAAGUCAUACUUUGUUUGAAGGAAUGUUUGAACAAAUGAAGCUCUUACGAAUAUGCGGGAUCCUGGCGUGUGCCUCAUUAUGUGCUACUCAAACACCAGUAACGGUGAACACAAAUGUGGGCAGCAUCAUGGGAUUUCAGCAGAAUAUUACUGUUGACGGAGAGCAAAAAUUAAUUUCUAAAUUUCUUGGAAUUCCAUUCGCCGAAUCGACUGCAGGAACGAACAGAUUUAGGAAACCUGUUCCAAAAGCGCCAUUUCAAGGAACAUUCGACGCUCGGAAUAUUCCAGCGGCGUGUUACCAACAGUCUGUUCAGGACAUGGCUAUGCUGAAAGACGUUUAUGGUGUGAGUGGAUUUUCUGAAGACUGUCUUACCCUGAACAUAUACGUUCCACAUGAGCUUCGAUCAAACGACCUACUUCCGGUCAUGGUUUGGAUAUAUGGAGGUGGGUUUAUCCAGGGUGCGGCAUCAAUCUACAAGCCUGAAGCACUAGCUUUGUUUGGCAACGUUAUUGUUGUGACCAUAAACUACCGUAUUGGUAUGUUUGGAUUUCUACGAGACAGUAACGGUGCAUUCCCAGGAAACCAAGGACUUUGGGAUCAGCACCUGGCAAUCAAGUGGGUACACGACAAUAUUGAUGGUUUCUUUGGUUACAAAGAUGAAAUAACAAUUUUUGGUCAAUCAGCAGGAGGUGCUUCUGUUAUGCUUCAAGCAAUAUAUCCAGGAAAUAACGGAUUAUUUAAAAGGGUAAUCGCACAAAGUGGAACGGCUAACUCACCUUGGACCUUAAAAGAAGUGUCCAGUUUUGAAACGUAUUUUAGCGACCAAGGCUGUGCUCCGAACUCAAAGACAUUUGUAACGUGCCUACAGUCGAAGAAUCCGUCUUCACUGCAGUCUAAUAAAACACUGUUUGGACCAGUGAUAGAUGGUGAAUUUUUGGUUGACUCGCCGAACGAAAUCAUGCACGGAAACUCUGCAAAGACUGCUAAAGCUAGAGACUUCUUUGCCUCCCUCGAUAUCAUUAUAGGCGUAAAUAAUGUAGAUAGCGCUGCGUAUUUUGCUUAUUUCGCAGCAUUGCUAGGCCAUUCAGACCUAGAGUUCAACAUAUCGAAAAAUGAAUUCAGAGACACCAUUGUUCCGACUAUAGUGAAUCAGAACCUGUUCCCAAAAGACAAUGAUACAAAACUCGCGCUAGAAAAACUCUUGACAUUCUUCUAUACCGACUGGAAAGACCCGGAUGAUUAUAUCAGUAUACGGACACACAUUUUGGAUAUGUCAAAUGAUCUAGCUUUUGCACCAGCAGCCCAGACGAUAGAUGCACAUGCCACGAUACAUACCGGAAAAACUUACUUCUAUGAGUUUGCAGUUCCAGUACGAACCCAUCUUGUCCCCAUUCCCUCAUGGAUCAAAGGAUCAGCCCAUGGUGACGAAAUACAAUUUGUUCUCGGGUUUCCGUUGCUAAGCAAUACAUCAAUGCUUGGUUUAAGUAAUAUUAACUACACAUCAGAGGAAAAACAAGCCGCCCGUGUAACUAUGGCUUUGUGGUCCAACUUCGCUAAAUCUGGGAAUCCAAACAUGCCGAUGGAUGUUACCGUUUUCACGAACACAGUGUGGCCAGCGUAUGAUAUGACGUCCCGACGCUAUUUUCAGAUAUCCAAUCAAAUGUCUCCGGCCUCAGUCAUAGAGGGAUUCUAUCCUAGAAGAAUGGCAUUCUGGUCUGACCUAAUUCCAGGAAUAAAGAGGGAGCACAGGUGUCAGCAAAAACAACCAGAUAUUUUUCAUUUUGAUCCAUCAGUUGAUAUAAUUAUGAAAAAAUUAAAAGUGAUUUCCGUAACAGUUGCGGCUUUUACGCUCAUAACCGCAUGCUUUUCUCAGACGCCAGUCACAGUAAACACAAAUGUCGGAAGUAUCAUGGGAUUUCAGGAAAUUAUUUAUGUUGACGGUGAGCAAAAACUGAUAUCAAAGUUUCUUGGAAUUCCAUUUGCUGAAUCAACUGCAGGAAAAAAUAGAUUUAGAAAACCAGUUCCGAAAGCUCCGUUUCAGGGAACUUUCGAUGCGAGAAAUGUUUCUUUUGCGUGUUACCAACAAGCAUUUGAAGAUGGAGAGUUAUUGAAAGCAUAUGGUGUCCCUGGGUUUUCUGAAGACUGCUUAACUCUAAAUAUAUAUGUACCAAAUGGACUCAAAUCAAGAGAUUUGCUCCCAGUCAUGGUUUGGAUAUAUGGCGGUGGGUUUACUCAGGGUGCAGCAUCAUCGUACCACCCUGAGGUACUAGCUUUAUUUGGAAACGUUAUUGUGGUGACAAUUAACUAUCGUAUUGGUAUGUUUGGAUUUCUACGUGACAGAAAUGGUGCAUUUCCAGGUAACCAAGGACUUUGGGAUCAGCACCUAGCAAUUAAGUGGGUACAUGACAAUAUUGAUAGUUUCUUUGGUUACAAAGACGAAAUAACAAUUUUUGGAGAAUCAGCUGGUGGCGCAUCUGUUAUGUUACAGGCAUUAUACCCUGGAAAUAAAGGCUUGUUUAAAAGGGUAAUUGCAGAAAGCGGAACGGCUAUCUCUCCCUGGGCGCUGCUAGAUGUUUCUGACUUUGAAAUUUAUUUGAAUGAGCAAAGUUGUUUAACUGAUUCAAGGUCAUUUGUCACUUGUCUGCAAUCAAAAGAUCCGGAUUCACUUCAAUCGAACAUAACAUCCUUUGGGCCAGUUGUAGAUGGUGACUUUUUGAUUGAUACCCCAAGGAAUAUAAUCAAAGGACAAUCUGCAGUCACUUCUAACUCUAGAGAUUUUUUCGCUUCCCUUAAUAUCAUGACUGGUGUGAAUGAUUUAGAUGGAACUUUAGCAUUUAUCAGUUUUUCAGCUCUGUUAGGUCAUUCUGAUCUGGAAUUCAAUAUCACGAAAAACAAUUUCCGAACUGAGAUCGUUCCUUUUAUGAUUAACGAAACAUUUUCUCCAAAAGAUAAGGACACUAGAGUGGUACUAGAAAGACUUUUGACAUUCUUCUACACCGAUUGGAAAGACCCGGAUGACUAUGUCAGUAUACGCAAGCUUGUUUCGGAUAUGUCAAACGACGCAGUUUUCUUUGCGCCAGCAGCCCAGACAGUUGAGGCGCACGCUCAGUUACAAAAAGGAAGUACAUAUUUCUAUGAGUUUGCAGUUAAGGUUAGAAAGAACCUUAUUGAUGUUCCGUCGUGGAUGAAUGGAUCUAACCACGCUGACGAAUUAUUUUAUGUAUUUGGAAUACCUCUAAGCACAGCUGUAUCCAUCUACAACAUGACUGGUGCUGAUUCUUCAAUCGAAGACAAACAAGUUUCGAGGGCAACAAUGGCAUUUUGGACGAAUUUCGCCAAAUCCGGAAAUCCAAAUAUUCCAAUGGAUGUGACUCAAUUCACGGGAACCAGUUGGCCGGAGUACGAAAUGUCUUCUCAGCGCUAUUUUCAAAUAUCUCAUCAAAUGUCGCCAGCUUCUGUAAUGAAACGAUUUUAUCCUCGGAGAAUGGCUUUCUGGUCCAACCUCGAAAAAUCAUUUUACACGUCGUUAAAAUAAAAUUAUUCUGCUGUUCAUUUUCUCAAUAUUUCAUUUCUUUUAAGUGACCUUUCCAAUAAAUGCAGUAAUUACAACAUCAUUUAUUUACUGGAAACAAUUAUUGAUUUAAUUAAUCAAAUUUUUAUUCCGUCUAACUGAAGAUCGCCAAGUAAAAGUAUUAUGCGCUGUCA